AUUAGUGUUGUGUGUGACUUUGGGGCGACUCUGUUGACUCGACGACAUUAUCCUUAUUAUUAUUGUGGCAUCUUUGGUGUUCUUGGUUUUGGCCUUCAGCCACUGACUGAGCGCGUGUGUCCCUGUGACUGUGGCGGCCGUGCGGCUUGAUCAUUGAGGAUGGCGGCCACUCUCUCGCCCAACUCGGGGGGCGCCACGGGUCCUUCCGAUGGGAAACGCUCCGAGAAAUUCGAAGAGGCUCGGUUCUUGCGCGAAUUGGUCCAUCUGAAAGAUACGCAAGAAUCCAUUCAAGGCUUGAGUGCGUGGUGCCUCCGGAACCGCAAAUCCGCCUACAAAAUCGCCCGUUGUUGGCUUAAGGUCAUCCAGAAGGUCAAGGUGGAGCAACGGCUGCCGUUGUUCUACUUGGUCAAUGAUGUGGUUCAACACGCCAAAAAGCGGAAUGUGAGCGAGAUGCUGGCCAAGUUUGGCCCGGUCAUCCGGGAAUCGUUGCCGCACGUGCGCGAAGCCAAGAUCGCCGAGCGCGUCAUUCGCGUCUUGGGCAUUUGGCGGGAGCGCGAGAUCUAUGAUCUGGCCUUUAUGAACGAGUUGCUGGCCAUCAUGGCCGGCCACGACCACGACGAAGGCGGGGCCAAGAGCGAGGCCGACCAAGAUAUCGUGGACAAUUUUCAGCCCACUCAAUUGUGUACGCAAUUGAAAAUUAUGAAGGCCUUGGAGGAUGACACGGACUACAAAUUGAAGACGCUCCAAGAGUCAGAGGUCAAUAUCAUUGACAUUGAACCGCUUCGGGAACGCCUCAAAGAUCGACAACACGGCAAUGACUUCAUUAAUGACUUUGAAGAUGGCCGGAAACGCAUGGAACAGUAUAUCAAGGCCUUAGAUCGUGAGAUCGGCAAACGAAGACAAGUAGUGGAGCUUCUUCAGCAGGGCAAGAAAUAUUACGAGAGCCUCUUGGGUGAGGCUGACAUCGUCGCCACGGCUUACACUAAUUUUGGCAAACGCUUGGAAAAUGUCAGAACCAAGUUGGUGACGGAGAAGUUGGUGGAUUUGGAAAAGAAUCAAAACUUGACCAGCAUUAGUCCCAUUCCCAGUCCCGACUACGAUGCCCCUUCACCCCAAGCCGAUGAAAUGGAAUUAGAAUUGCCGGACGACGACGAACCGCCCUCGCACAUCGCUAUCAACGAGCCCGCUGAGGGCAGCCAUGCAGCCGAAUCACACUAUCAAGAUCAAGGCGGACCCCCAGCCCCGCCUCCACCGUCAUUGCGCCAUUCCUUGGGUAGUGCCGGACCGGUCGGAGGGGACCUCAAUUCGCGGCUCGAUUCGUUUCGAAACAACAUCCAGGGCACGAGUGGUCACAUGGACACGAACGCCUCCUUCUCCCUGCCGUCGUCGUCAACCACGACAUUGCCUUCAGCAGUUCCCCUGGCACCCUCUACCGCCUCCAGUUCAAACGCCUCCAUGGGAUCUCGCCGAGCCUCCAAGUCGUCCUCUUCGAAUGAUUACAGCAUUUCCGAAUUCCUCACGAAGCUGGCCUCAGGUGAGGCUGUGGAUGUGGACAAGUUCACGGGUGGGAGCAAACUCACCACUAAACCUACUGCGGCCUUGUCCGAUCCGCCUCGACAUCACGCUCCACCUGCACCCCCUCGUAUGAGUGCUGGGACUCCUGGGGAGAACUUUUGGGCCGGUUACGGUGGCCACGAUCCCAUGGGGCCGUCUGAUAUGGAGAUGGAACCCAUUCCCGAUUGGCAGUUGGAAGCUCGAGACGAAUCUCCCCCUGAAGAGGCUCAUUACAACAACGUGGCUUUGGCUCGCAUGGCCGCCAAGAAAGAGGUCAAUUUGAUCAGUUUAACCCGAGAAGAAUCGGGCACAAAUGGUGGUGCCCUGCAUGUAGGGCCACCCUCCCACGCCCCACCACCACCCAUGACCAAACCACCCCCUGUUAUGGCCGAGACCCACGCUUACAGUCAACCCCCACCCGGACCGCCACCACAUCGAGUUCAUCAUCCGCCCUCAGGCUUACAAAACAUGAACGGUGGUCAAAACGGUUCCGCCCCACCGCCUCCUGCCGUCCCUUCGGGUGCACGUCCGUCAUUGCAAGAUCGUCUCAAAUCCCUGGCGGGCGUAACCUUUGACUCGGCAGCGGGAGGCAAGGAGGGUGGUCCGUGGAAUCAUCAGGCGCCUGGGGCUCAACCCACGGGUCCACCUCCGCCCCGAUUCCAUCCCCCCGGUUCGGGUCCUCGACCGCCUCCCUUCUUUGAUCAAGGCAACCCUAAUCGGUUCCCGUUAGAAGGGAAAACCAAUAACGACUUUAGACCCUAUGCUCCUGUACCCAUGCGUGGUAGAGGAGGCUUCCGAGGUACCCGCCCACCCCGUGCUCAUUUUCAUCGUGGGGGUCGGUGGUAGGAGAUCGCUCGUCCAUAGUGUCCUUCACUCUCCCUCUCCAUCAUCAUCAUCAUCAUCAUCAUCAUCAUCAUCCGGCAAUAUCAUCUCGUUAUGUGCGUUUCUAUCCCAUCUUCUUCGAAAAUACAAAGCCUAGCUUACCUGACCAACAACAGUCGGUCCUCGAACAGUUAUUCUUAGAAAAUGGAAAGCGAUUUAUUCAUGAAACAUAACAAAUUUCUUGGAUCAGGGUUUCAUCGCCCCUUUAAUUCCAUCCCAAUAAAAAUCAAAUGACAUACAAGUUCCUGGGUGCAUCGCUCGACUUCUUCUUCCGAGCAUCCGCAUGCACCUCGAAACUCAACUUGUGCGGCCCGCCUGCACUCAAAAUGCUUUUCAUAAAGUGUCCAAUCCUGAGGAUG